AUGUGUGGCCUCUUGGCAGUUGGCCCGCGAUUUCCCCCGUGGGACAGAAGCGAGUGUAAUGAGGGGAAAACACUUGGCUGGGAGGGGAAGAUGCAGCACUAUCAUACGUUUGGGAAAACUUCACCGUGUCAAUUCAACGAGUCAACUAACAUGUCUGGUUCCCGCGGGUAA